AUGGCACAGGCAACAACUGGCAAGCUGAUUGUGAGGACCACGGUCAUUUGGUGAGAAUGGAAACUGUCACCGAUGCCUGAGGGCCUACGCUUAAAGUAAAAAAAACUAACAUUGAUGUGUACUGGCAUAGUUAAACUUAUUCAGUUGUCUACUGCAGCCAUUUCCUCAAACCGUGACGAUCUCCAUCGUCAGUAUUUACAUCCAUGCUCGGAUAGAUGGAGUUGGAAUGGCGUUUCUUGGUAAGGAAAGGUAUUAUAUCUUGAUGACAGUCAAAAUCAUAUCGUUUAUUUGUUCGACUGAGACGUCCAGAAGCCGGAUUGCUAAUGGAAAGACAGUAUUUCAGAAGCCGAGAUUCAUCAACCGGGUGAGUCAUUUGUUUUGUCAACAAAAUCCCCACGUUAUAUCGAAGGCAUUUCCACCCAUUCCGCUUUAAAAUUAUGACUAACUUGAAAGCAAUUUACCGGAAAGACUUGACACAAAAGUAAUAAAAAGUUUAAAAAAAAAGAAACCUUAUUUCCCGUCAAACAAUUUUCAGCGCUAGUUUAAAGCGUCGAGAAGACGCGGCUCUAUAUAAGUGACGGCCGUCGAUGAUUAAACCAAAGCAUUUAGAGAUGAAGUUGUUUGUUUGUUUGACUUUUUGUUGGUUUGUCGCAGUGUCAUCGCUGCCGCAUCGUGAAGUUCAAAGCGUUGCCGUGACCGGAAGAUUGAUUUGUGAUGGUAAACCGGCUAGUUCAGUUGUAAGUAAAUCCCGGGUAUUUUUAAGGAAAUUAUUUACAGUUUUUCUUGCUUUGAAAGUAUAUAUUUAUAAUUGGUUUAGAAAGUGAAGCUAUAUGAUGCUGACACCUUCACCUUGGACGACCUCAUGGGCGAAACAAAGACCGAUUCCGAUGGGCGUUUGUUGGUGCGCGGGCAUGCCAAAGAGUUUACGAAUAUCGACCCUAAAGUGAAUGUUUAUCAUCAUUGCGGUGACACUGGCAAGAUCACCCAGAAGUGCACCAAGAAGUUCAGCAUCCAAAUCCCCAAGAGCUACAUCACACAUGGAAAGGAGCGCGCAGACAAAAUUUUCGACAUUGGAACCUUAAACUUGAAUGGAAAGUUGAGCGGAGAGGGAAGAGAUUGUCUCAACUAA